AGAAAUAGCCAUUGUGUAGUAAAGCCAUCACGUGGGCUGCUGGAGGUUUGUUUGCCCUCCCCCGCCCUCCAUCCUGCAGGAGCAAUGAAGUUUGGCAGGUUUCCUAGCUUGCAGGUAAAGGGUUACAGAGUCUAGGAAGUAUUAAAUGCAAACUUUAAAGGCUUUUAUUUUCAUCUUCCGUCACAUGACUCCUGGGUGCCCAAUGACACUCGCGACAGUGUCUCUCAUUAGGAGGUCAUGCAAACUCCCGCCUGCUAAAGGAGGCAUAUUUAGCAUUCAAAUGCAGAAGCCGGGCUUAAGCUAUGGGAGAUCCUAAUCAGGAGCCAACUCCGUUUCCCCAACAGCGCAGAAGCUGCAGAUGCCUCUGCUCAGCCAGAAGUUAAAAUCAUGGUCCUUCAACUCUCACUGAUUUAUUGAUAAUUAACAAAGAAGAAUCCAGAUGGGGUGCAGGUGCUGUAAAAUGAUACAAAGUUACAUCUUUGAACCCCAAGACGUGCCAACAUCCGGGUACAUCAAUGAAAUAAACAACUUCAAGUCCGACGAGCAAGACGGAGGCAAAUUCAAAUGCAAGCAGAACAAUGACAUCCAAGUACACAAAAACGAGCUGCAGACCGGGGAAUUACAAACAGCAGCAAACAGGCACAAAUUAAACAACAAUAAAGAGGCCGUUCUGAACCACAGAGGCGGCGCUCUUCGUGAUGAAGGACUUGGGAAUCUUGCCGAAAAGUGCCAUUUCAAUGUGAAUGGGAUCCAUUCCCAUUCUGGUGCGAACCUUCAUCCCAAUCCCAGCACAAACCGAAACAGAGAGAUCAGCACGCACACCUGCUCUGCUCAGCGAGCCGGUUUUUCAGUCCAAGGGUUGCCUCAGCCAAGCACACGCAAUAACCAUGAGAUUCUGGAAACUGAAGUUCUCGCAAAGGCAUCUUCAGAAAAAAGAAGUGCCCUAUAUGAGGAAUCUCAGAGAGCUCCAGGAAAUGACACGCACCUGCCAGGACCCACUGAUCCCCCCAAUGGCGGCUACGCUGGAAAACAGAGAGCUGCGGGAAAUGAGAGUCCAUCAAAUAACCACAUACAUACAGGCCAAAACACAGAACACACCAUGUUAAGCAGUCAGCAGAACCUGCCAUUAGGUGAGUCUAAAAGCUGGGAUUCAACAGACAAAGCCUGUAGAACAGGCCAGCCAAAGGUGUGUUUCAAGGACAAUGUAACCGAUAGCAUCCCGUCUCCAAGGACCAAGUCAGAUGCGGUGCGAGAAGCUAGAUUUGAUUGCCAUAAUGACAUUAAUGGAGAACUGGAGGAGGAGGUUGAUGCCGAAGUAGCAGAGGCUCUCGCAGCCCUGGAGGCUGCUACGGCAGGAGAAGAUUUUGAGGAGGAAGAGGACUAUUAGGUGACAACCAAGACGCCAGUAAUAAGCCUCGCUUCUGGGGCUGCAUGAAAUGCUGUGUUUCCAAGGCCUGCCACUGCAGGUGUAAGCCUUUGCCCAGGACUCCCACAAAUAGCAGAGCGGGAUAUAUCACUAGGCCAGGUGAGCUAACAAGAGCAGCCAGUGUUGUGCCCGGUGCAUUGCACCUAAGCUGAUAUAUCACAAUUAACAUCAGCCGGUCUAAUGCUUACAUACCAGCCCACCUGCACCAUGAGGUACCUGCUACUGCCAGCCAAAGCAGUCUCUCUUGUUUGCCAACAUGACCACUCUGGCUGCUAUGAAUGCAGCCAAGAAUAGUUACCAAAUAUGUCCCACUCUAGGGAGAAUAUUGCCCUCUGGGUCAAGUUUGCUUCCAACUGGAGAAAAAGGAGGAAAUAUUUGGUUAAGGAAAGCCCCAAGCUUCCCUGUAGUCCAGUCACCGGGGAGUAAUAUUGAUCUCUCAAAGAAGCCAGUAUGUUGAAGGUUUGUCUUUUUCUUGAUCUACCAGGGCUUACACGCUAGGCUGUGCAAAAUGUCUCAAAGCAAACCUGGAAAGUGGCACUUUUAAACAGAGCUCACCCAAAACUGCUGCUCUUUGUGAGAUUUUUCAGCAGUGCCAAACGUGCCUCGCCUUUUUGACAUUCUUCUCGUGCUCCAGGUGAAAAUGUUUGUUUGCUUGUUUACGAGGACCUGAGUGACAUCACCAGACAGACAAACCUAAUUGAAUGCGCUGGUUUAUGGUGUCAUCACACUCGCUGUUCAGUCACUAAUGAUUAACUCACGAAAGCUGGAAGCAGCCGCAACCAGGGUGCUCAAAAGCAUCAGGUAUAUAAAUGGAUAUUUGCACAGUCUAAGGCUGCCUUCACAUGAUAGUUUAUUCCACUGCCCUGACCUUUCCCUAACUGUUAAUUUACACAUUAUAUUUGAGCUUUCGUGUGAUGUAAAAGCCUCUUCUGGAGAACCAACACAAUAUGGUACAUGUUUAGUGCCCAUUUCUGUGUUACUUGAUUCCAGAAAAAAAUAUGUUUGAGGCCCCUUAACCUGGAAAAUUGCAAGAGUAAAGUGACAAAACUUGGGCUGGUAUACAGCUUUUUCCAGCUGUUGUCAAAGAGGCAUCAUGGGGGAACAAAAGCACACAUGUGGAAAGGCUGAGGGGAGUAGUGGCAUUGUUCAAAAAUAUUCGUUGUUGUGCCACAGUAUGUUCACUGGUGUGAAUGAAAUUUAGCGUGACAGUCGAAGAGCCACAGUUCCAUAACAUAACAGGUACUGCAGUGUGAAAGGAACAUUCGAAAAUAGGACACAAGUGCUAGCAUUAUAAUCAGGAAAACUAAUACAAUAUUCCCCACAUCCGAAUGCACGCAGAGCUUGCUUUGGGGAAACUUCUGCCACAGUGAAAUAGUAGAUGCUUCGCUGAUUGCCGCACAAAAAUCAGGGCUGGAGACAUUUAGCUCUAGUGCCAUGUAUUUCCCCCUUAUAAAAGUACUUAAAAAAAAAAAUCUUGAUUAAACAUUUAUCUUGAACCACUGCCUACACGUUCCCAGUUGGUAUCAAAGUAUCAAUCCAAGCUAAUUAUGUGCUACAAAAGUUCCACCCAAUUGCAUCCGCCUUUCUGCUGAUUUCUAAUGGCGCUUCCCAUGCUGUUGGGAAUGUGUCUUCGUGCAGCAGCAAGUGCCACUGAGCCACUGAGUUUCCUUAGGGAUAAUGAUGACAAGUGUUAAUUCUCAGCAAUGCCAGAAACGAGCAUUCCAGCAAGCUCACGAGAUCCGCCCUGUGGAAUGAAACAGCACGAGACCGAGGUAUUUUCAUGUGGCGGUCGGAAGUGCGAUUAAGUGCAAAUUAACACGAAACUCAAAAUGUCAGAUGGUUGUGAGCACAGGGCAGGUUUGCACAUGCAUUUUGAUUUCCGGUGUCCUUAUCGCUCAGUGCGCUCACGGUGGAAUGCCUCAAAGGACUCCGUCCGAGAGCAUCAUUUGGGACAAUUUGAAAGCUCUGCCUCCGGUGUGUGUUUGAACAUUCACACAUGCAACUGUACUGAUAGCAGCAAGCUGCAGAAUCACGGUGCCUGUUGACCACAGGUGCAGCU